AAAUUAUUAAAAAAAAAAUUGUUUGUUUUCAUUUUCUGAGAUUUUAAUUGUAUUUUAGCGAUUUUGUGGAAGUUUUGUGAACUUUAAUAAUUCUUCACAGGAGUUCAGUUAAUAGAGUCACGAUGGACUAUGGAUAUAGUACCAGAUGAAGUGCUGUUGAUGAUUUUUGAUAGGCUAACUCCCGGCGAGCUCCUCGGGGCCGUUUCACAGGUUUGCAAACGCUGGGCGACGUUGGCAGCACACCGCGCGCAGCUCAUACACAGGGAGGACCAGCUGCAAACCCUGAACAGGGGAGUGCGCGGAGUUCGAGUACUCACUCGCCUCGCACGUAGUGAGCUGUACAAGCUGCUCGACGUGCGAAACCUACGUGACAUCACCAUUUGCAGCGCCACGCCUUUGCCGUCAGAAUGCUUCCAAGCGUUGGCUGCUUUAGAACACCUCGAACAUCUUGACGUGUUCCUCCACGAAAGAUUACUGGACACUUCAAUGAUGUCGACGCUCGUGCGACUGCGCUCGGUCGUCAUCAACGAGAUGAUCAGCCCUGGUGUGUUAAGCGCCUUAGCUGUUUCCGAGCGACUCGAGGCGCUGCACAUGUACGGCCGGGCGCUGUAUUUCCCGCGACGUGAUCUUAUGAAGUUUCUAACCGCACACAGGUCACAACUCAGGGAGUUGACUUUGCGUUGCACUGAAGUUCACGACAAUGCUUACGCGGCUAUUGGACAAUGUGAUUCGUUAGUAUCUCUGCAAUUGUAUUCUUGUUGGUUGAUGAGAGGAGCUGGGGCCUUGGAGGUGACGCGGCCACCACUGCUGCGUCGUUUACAUGUGACUGGUGCGAGGAUGGUCAGGGCAAAAGGGCUCAAUGCUUUUCUGCUACGCCUGCCUCCCCAGCUCGAAGAACUUGUUUUAAGUGUCAGUGCUUUCAGUGAUAAACAUAUUUCAGCACUUGAAAAUCUUACUAAGUUACGUGUGUUGGAACUGUGGAGGUGUCGCCUUUCAGGGGAAGGUGUGUUAGCAUUGGCUAGAACUGUGCUGUCGUUGUGUAUACUCGACCUCGAUAUUUUGCUUACUAAUAAACAGAUUCAAGAGUUAGAUAAACAUCCAAACCUUUUGAAUUUGAGGUGUCUCACAGACUGUUCAAGUAAAUAUGUGUGGCCACCAGUUGAAGUUUCAAAGACUAAUGAGGAUCAAGAAGUCAAAACUCAAAAACUAAAUGUACUAAACACAAAUGAGGUGUAUUCUCACAAAUACUUUAGAGGUAAUGGUGAGGGCUACCGCGGUUCACUGUUCUACUACUGGACCCAAAAAAUGCACUUGCAUCCUGCGGAGAGAAAAAUAUUUCCUGGAUUUGAUGAAAGUGAAGAUUUUUAUUGAUAUUUAAUUAAUUUAUAGACAUUUUUACUUAAAUUAAGAAAGAGAUUAUGGUCGUUUAUAGACUUAAAAUUUUAUGUUAUGUUUACAUUUCCAAUAAUUGUUAUUAUUUAUUAGUUACUUUACAGAAAAUCUUAAUCAUUUUAAUUCAAUGAAAUCCACAACAAGACAUAAUAUUGAAAGUGUCCUGCUCGACAUUUGUGUGGUAUAAUUUAGUAUGAACAAUGUUUGUGUGGGUUAGAGAUAUAAUGGCUUUCUAAGUAUAAUAUGAUAAAGGUUGACAUCAAUACAUGUUUUCAAUUUUUAAUGUCACCUUUUAAUUGAUGACACUGUAUGAAAGAAAACAGGGAGAAAAAAAUAGCCCUUGCUGUGUUUCUUGCCGGUUCUUCUCAGUGCAAGGUCUCCCGCUAUAGAUUAACAAACCAAUGAGGUAGUGUUUGACUUUCACAAGAGCUCGUAACAGCCUAGACUGAAUCAAUGAAUGUGUUUGAAUUUGAAUAAAGGAAAAUUUAUUGUUCUUUAUGAAAUAAUGAUCAUUCUUUUUUCAUCAUAAUACUUAUUUGUAACUUGAGUGGCAUAAGUUAAACAACCAGUUUAUAAUCAGAUUGCUCAUAGAAAAACGAAAAAGCAUUUUUCUUAAGUAAGCCAAAUAUAUUAUGGGUGACAAACAUGCAAGACCUGGAUUCUUGUCAACAAUAACUGUGAUAUUUUUUAACAACUUAAUUAUAAUAUUUAAAUUCUAAUGUAAUAGCCAUUGCUAAAUGCUUUAAGAUAGCUAAUAACUUUUAUUACACAGGAAUUUAUUUCAAUUGAAGUAGUACAAUAAUUAUAUUUU